UGUUUCAUGUUUUUCCCCCAUGUCCUUCUUUUCACAUUCCUUCCCUUCUUAUUUUUUAAGUAUCGUAUUCUUGGCAACAGGCUCCUCCCCUUGCUCCGACUGGCCACGCCCUCAUGCGUCUGACGCACAUAAACAAAGCCGUCAGUCUGUCACACGCUGAGACGCUGGUGUUUGUGUGUGAAAUGGCGCACGCGGGGGUUUUUCUGGAACAUGACCAGUUUAACUGCUCGAUCUGUCUGGAUGUGCUGAAGGACCCGGUGACGGUUCCCUGCGGCCACAGCUACUGUAAAGCCUGCAUUAAAGGCUAUUGGGACCAGGACGACUACCUGGGUGUUUAUGGCUGCCCUCAGUGCAGGCAGAGCUUCACUCCGAGGCCCGUCCUGGGGAGGAACACGAUGCUGGCCGACGUGGUCGAAAAACUGAAACAGACCGCGAUCCGUGCAGCUUCUGCGCCGAAAGCCGAGCCGAGUGAAGCCGAGACGAGUGAAGCCGAGCCGGGGGAAGUGCCGUGCGACGUGUGCACGGGGAACCGCAGCCUAGCUGUCAGGUCUUGCCUGGUUUGCCUGGCGUCCUACUGCGAGGACCACCUGAAGCCGCACUACGAGUCUGCCGCUUUCCAGAAGCACAGGCUCACGGCUCCGACCUCCAGCCUGCAAGACAGCCUCUGUCCCCGCCAUGACAAGCUGCUGGAGGUCUUCUGUAAGACGGAGCAGCGGUGCAUCUGCUAUCUCUGUUUAACCGACGAGCACAAGGGCCAUGACACGGUUUUAGCCUCCACCGAGAUAAGCGAGAAAAAGGAUGCUCUGGCGGAAACACAAAGGAAAUUCCAGCAAAGAAUUGAGGAGCGAGAAAAAGAUUUGGAGGAGCUCAGGCGAGCCACUCAAUCGCUUACACGGUCGGCGAAGGCGGCCCUCGAGGAGAGCGAGCGCAUCUUCACCGAGCUGGUUUGCUCGAUCGAGCGGCGGCGUACGGAGGUGAAGGAGCUGAUCCGCGCCCAGGAGAGAGCGGCCACCAGCCAAGCCGAGCAGCUUCUCCGCCAGCUGGAGCAGGAGAUCGGCGAGCUGAAGAAACGAGACACCGAGUUAAGCCAGCUCGCUCAAAUCGAGAACCAGAUCUCCUUCUUGCAGAACUACGGAUCAGUGUGUGUCCAGCCGGUGUGUAUGGACGUUCCCUGCAUCACCGUGGACCCCGAUUUCGGUUGCGUGAUGAGCGCCUUGUCAGAGUUCCAAGCCCUGAUCGACGACGUGUGUCAAGGUGGAUUUGUGAAUAUUUCUGAAAAAGUCAGUGACGUUACCAUCAUUCAGAAUGCCAUCCCGAAAGCAGACUCCGAGUCGAACACAGUUCUCCAGACACCCCCAGUCUUUCAAGGGUUUUUUGGCCAAAGCACUUUUAAUGUUCCCAUGGCAUUCGGUGCUUUCACAAUAUCAUCACCAAAUGGCUGCAGAACGGCUCCUCGACUGAGACUCCAUCAGCGGAGAAGACGGCGAUAUGAAAACAAGAGUCUGAAUUGGAGAGUCCAGAUCAUGCAGUCUGAAUCAAGUCAGAGUUCAAAUCAAGUCAACAGGAAGUCUAAAAUCAAGAAGUCAAAAUGCGAAAACUUUGCACUGUGUUUCCCUUAUCUGUCACUGAAAAUGGCAGCCGCAGCUACUAUCUCAGUGGACGAGGACCAAUUCUGCUGCCCCGUUUGCUUGGAGGUGUUGAGGGAUCCGGUGACUAUCCCCUGUGGCCAUAGUUACUGCAUGGACUGUAUUAAAAGCUACUGGAAGAAAACUGAGCACAAGUCGGGAUACACCUGCCCUCAGUGCCGGAGAGGCUUCAGCCCGAGGCCUGCUCUGGCCAGGAACACGGUGCUGGCAGGUCUGGUGGAGAAGCUGCGAGAGAAGCUGAGGGACGCCGGGAUCCAGGAGGCUCCUCCGGUGGAGUGCGAUACAUGUCAGGGGAAAAAGCAGCGAGCCGUAAAGUCAUGCUUGAAGUGCCUGGGCUCGUAUUGCGAGACUCACCUCAAGCAGCACAAGACGCACAAACUAACAGACGCAACCAGGCAGCUGCAUAAGCGAGUGUGUAAUCGACACGGCCGGCUGUUCGAGCUGUACUGUCGCACAGAUCAGCAGCUCGUCUGCACACUCUGCGUGACAGACGGACACGCCGGACAUCACACGUUGCCAGCCGUCGAGGAGAGGACCGAAAAACAGAGGCAGUUAGAAGAGGCCUUGAGGAAAUCGAAACAAAGGAGCAAGGAGAAAGAGAAGGAGCUCCGGAAUAUCAUGAAAUACCUCAAGCGCUCAGCACAGGCCGUGGAGGAAGACAGCGAGAAAAUCUGCACCAAGCUGCUGCGCUCUAUUGAGAGGAAACACGGAGAGGUGAAGGAGCUGCUCAGAGCUGAAGAGCGAGCCGCACUGGCCCAAGCUGAGGGACUCCUCGAGAGCCUGGACCAACAGGCUGAAGAUACCAAAAGGAAGGAAGCUGAGCUGGAGCUACUCUCAGGCACUGAUGAUCACAUCCACUUCCUGUUGAAAUGCAAACCCCUAUUGGUUCCUGCUGAUCCUGACGAGCUUCCGGAUGUCGACGUCCAUCCGUACUUCUCGCUGAUGGUCCUGAGAAAAGCCAUUACAGAGCUGAGAGCACGAGUGAAUGACGUGUGUGACAGGGAGUUAGCAAGGAUCUCAGAUUUAAUUAAAGAUGACCAGAGUCUGCCAGCUAAAAGCCCCACUCCUGAAACCAUUUCUCCUGUGAGAAGUGUGGACCAGGGACAAAGUGAGCCGAGGUCAAGAGCCGACUUUUUGCAGUUGUGCUGUGAGGUGACACUGGACCCAAACACUGCCAACUCCUUCCUCUGCCUUUCAGAGGGAAACCGAAAGGUCAGCACCUGCUACGAUUCCCAGCACUACCCGGACCAUAAGGAGAGGUUCAGCAGCUGGGCUCAGGUGCUGGCCAGGGAGGCCAUCUCCACACGCCGUUACUGGGAGGUGGAGUGGAGCGGCAGCGGUGGGAUUGGGAUCGGAGUUUCCUAUAAAGGGAUAAAUCGGCACAGUGGGAGCGCCGAUGGAAAACUGGGCUGCAAUUCCAAAUCGUGGAGUAUAAACCUUUGCAACGGCCAUUGUACAUUUCAGCACAAUAAAACCAAGCUGGAGAUCCCAUCUCCCAUUUCUGCCAGGAUAGGAGUGUACGUGGACCACAAGGCAGGGAUUCUAGCCUUCUACUGCAUUUCUCCAAGAAGGGACACAAUGAACUUGCUGCACAGGAUAUUCACAACGUUCUCUCAUCCUCUGUAUCCCGGAUUUUGGCUUGGGCCUGGUUCCACACUCAAGCUGUGCUCCAUCCUUAAAUUUUCAGCUUAGGGAAUGGGCAGAGCCACACAUGCAUUUCAAGUGGACUUCUUGUAGAUCUUCCAUUUCUAAUAACCAGUAUGAUUGAAAAGCUUAUUUAGUAUCUCUAGAUCUGUAUUGAUCUAGAGAUGUAUGAAGUAUUUAAAAGUUUGGUUACUAGUUUGUAACACCCCAACAGAUGGCAGCACAAGGCUGCACACACAGUCACAGGGAGCACCGACUUUUUUAAGUGUGUGCACCAAAAGAUAUCAUCCUGUGUACAUCAGGAGCUGUGCAAACUGUGCCAUUGCAUCGUGGACAGUAUGAUGGAUCAGCAAACCGGAUGCUCCACGACGAUAAUGCAGUCACGAGCUCUCCUCACACGCAGGUUUCUUGCCCAAAACACGAUCUCAAUUCUGCACCCACCCAACUUACCAGAUUUGGCUCCUGCAGACCUCGCCCUCCUCCUGAAGAUGAAGAUUCAGCACUAAGGUCGAAGUUUUGCCACCAUUUUCGAAAUAAUGACUUCCAGGACACAUUCCAGAAGCGGCAGGAGCGUUGAAAGUGCUGUAUUGCUGUGCAAGGGGACUAUUUUGAAGGUGAUAGUGUGUAAACAUAAAUAUGUGUAUCAUGUAAACUAUUUCCUGCUUUAGAUAACUUCACAUGAACAGCCUUAAGGUGGCUGUGGAGCUUUAUAGUCAAAACCAUGAAGAUAAAUUUGGACUGUAACUAAUACAGUCUGCUACAAUCGCUUAGGGUUGCAGUUGCCAUGUACAGUAACCAAUUGAUCAAGUAGGAAUAGACUUUCUUUGUCACCCAGAUGGGAACAGCUCCCUCUGGAGUCUGGUUCCUCUCAAUGUUUCUUCCUCGUACCGUCUCAGGCAGUUUGCUACUGGUUCACUCAAUAGGGAUAAAUGUAUAGGAACAAAUUGACGAUGAAAAAAAAUA